GUAACAAAGGAGACAACAACAGGGGGAUGAUGGACUCAGACAACAAGCCUAACAGAGAAACAAUAAGGAACUGAGCCGGGUCGCUUUUUCGUUGUGGAUAUUUUUUCUUAACAGCAUAUCUAACUACCGAGUUAAGUUUAAAAUAGCAUUACACUAACGUAACCGGCGCCCCGGACCAGAUUUUUAACAUAAAGCGGGUUUUCUUGCCAAAACUAACCAUGUUGGACUGCCAACACUAGAGCCGAAUAACUGAGGAGAAAGAGUCAGACAUGUCUGAUUAAGAUCGGUGAUGACGACAUGUUCACACUGACCUUUGCCGUCCAAGUCUGAUCUCUGAUCGGUCAGGGCUGGGAGUUAAACGCACUGUAAGAGAAGACGCCAGCAGCCAUGUCUGUCCAGGAAGCAUCCCAACGGCCCCCGUCGCCUUCACCACUCAAACCUGAGGCCAAACCAAGACCGGAGAUCCCUCCAAAACCGCAAACCUCCCCUCCUCUAGGAGACAGAAGCAACAGUGCGAACCUUCCUGGAGGGAAAGUAAAGAGGAUUGUGAACAAGUUUAGCAAAAAGGAGUCGAAUGAACCAAAAGAGCAAUCCACCAAUGGUACUGCAGAACCUAAAGCAAUUAAACGGUCCAAAAGGCCACCUACGGUAAAGCCAAAACCAGGUCGCGCCAGUCUGCAGCUUCAGAUCGGGGCAGGGGGAGAGAAGGCGCCUCCGCUGCCUGUGAAGAGGAGCCGCAUCCUACAGAAGCAGAAAGAGACAGAGGGAGGAGAGCCGGAGGAGAGCGUCAGUGUGGCAGGAGGUCGAUCAGAGCCGGAUGGUAAAGAGGUGGAGAUUCCUCUGAUUGGAGGAGGUGAAGCGGAGGCGGAGCACAGCCCACUCACACCCCUCAGUCCAUGCUGCGACCCGAGCUGCAGCUGUGUGUGCCACCUCCAGUGGCCUGGCAUGAAACUGAUAUGGGUGCCUGUGGAUGCGGAUGACGGUGGGGAGAGGGAGGGAGGAGGCGGAGACGAGGAUGACACAGAUGAGGAAGAGCGGAGGGAGGAUGAUGACGAGGAUUGGGAGGAGGUUGAGGUGGUAGUUAGAGGAGGGGAAGGGGACAGCGAGCCAGGGGAUGAGGUGGAGAGGACGUCUGUGGUUGAUGAGAGUGAAGUAUUAAAACAAGAAAAAGCAAAGUUCCACCAGUGUUUGGAUAUUUUGAUCGCUGAUGGUCACAGGAGACGUUCGGACCCUGGCCCUCACUCUGUUCUCACCUCACUCGCUGUCACCCGCUCUCAAUCUCCCCCUGUUCCCCCAAAACGCUCUCAGUCACCACAAAUCCUCCACAUAUCCACCCAAAACGAAGAGGAAAAUAUUUACGAGGCCACCCUUCCAGUGGUCAACCCCACUCCUAAAAAGACCACACCUGUGUGUAAGGAACUGGAUAUUCCUUUAAUCAAAGUACGCAAGCCAGCCCGCCGGUCUAAGCUAUCUUACAGCUCCUCAGACCCCACAUCUGAGUUCCAGAUGAACGUAGAACCCAUCUCGAGCCCAGACGAAGUGCCGCCUGCCAUCCCGCCGAGGAUGCCCGUGGGUCAUGAUGGCCGCAGCCUCACGCCGGUGCACCGAGCCGGCAUUCCUCUCCCACAGCCCACACUGGAGGAGUGGCGCAACCUGCGGCCCUCGUCCCCCAGCGGCUCCACUAGCAGCGGGCUGAGCCCCCAGCGGGCUAUCACUCCACCCCCACUGAGCCCUCACAGACCACCACCUCCACCGCCAAAAACAGACCCCAGGAGGCUCAGCAGUGCCUCACUGCAAUCCCUCACACAGAAAAAAGAAGGAGAGGAAAAUGGAGGGAAUGAAGGAGAGAAAGAGGACACAGCGGAAGAACCGCGUCCAGUCAGGAGCGGCUCCCUCAGGAGGGAGACGUCGUUCAGCUGGGAGUCCCGGCUGCAGGAUGAGCCUCUGUACCAGACGUACCGUGCCACUGUCAUCACCAAGGAGAUCCGACGACAAACAGUUUGUCGCAACAUCAGCAAAACCAGUGUGGACUACGCCAUGGACUGGACAGCCCGUCGCUCUGGGCCUGGAACUGGGACUGGGACUGCUACUGCGACUGGGACUAUGACUGGAAAUGGAGCACCCAGGGGCAGCCCUGUGCCCACGCCGGGCCAAAGCACCCUGUGGCAGGAUCUCCCGGCUGUUCGGGAGGGAGGGGUGCUGGAGCAGCUCACCCCUGAGCAGUGCAAGUACCAGGAGAGUAUGUUCGAGGUUUUGACAUCUGAGGCCUCUUACCUUCGUUCCCUGCGAGUUCUGACCGAACACUUCCUGGACAGCCGUGAGCUGGAGGAGACGAUAAUCAUCAGAGACAAGAAAACCCUCUUCUCCAACAUCCUGAGGGUCCGCGAGGUCAGCGAGAGGUUUUUGAAGGACCUGGAGGACCGCAUAUUCAAGGACCUGGUCUUCCCUGACAUCUGUGACAUUAUCCACUACCACGCCCAGCACAACUUUCCUGCCUACAUCGACUACGUCCGCAACCAGAUCUACCAGGAGAAGACCUACACUUCGCUCCUGAAGAACAACGCGCAGUUUGCUGCUGUAAUCACUCGCCUACAAGAGUCGCCUCAGUGCCAGCGGCUGCCCUUUAUGUCCUUCUUGCUGCUGCCCUUCCAGCGAAUAACACGCAUCAAAAUGCUCAUUGAGAACAUCCUGAAGCGAACAAAGGAGAAGACGAAUGAGGAGCACACGGCGUCCAAGGCUUUGGCUUCGGUGUCGAAGAUCAUUGAUGAGUGCAACACUCAAGUGGGGAAAAUGAGACAGAUGGAAGAGCUGAUCCAUGUUUCUCAAACGCUGGAGUUUGACAAGCUCAAGGCCAUCCCCAUCAUCUCCCAGACGCGGUUCCUGGAAAAGAAGGGAGAGCUGCAGGAAAUGUCCAAAGGAGGAACUCUCUUCAACAUGAGGGCAAAGUUCACCCCUGUCUAUCUCUUCCUCUUCAACGACCUGCUCAUCAUCGCAGCCAAGAAAGGUGCGGAGCGUUUUGUGGUACUCGACCACGCCCAUCGCUCUCUGGUGCAGGUGCAGCCAAUAGAUGAAAGCGGGGGCAGCAGCGGCGGCCCGUACGAGCACUGCUUCAACCUCACUCUGCUGGAAAACCACCAGGGACGCAUGAUGGAGAGGCUGUUCAAAGCUCCCUCCCAGUCAGACAUGCACAGGUGGAUGGCAGCUUUCCCGAACCCCGCCAACCCUGACAGAGACGAUGAUGAAGUGAUUUAUGAGGACUGGGAUUGUCCUCAGGUGCAGUGCGUGGAGCAGUACAUCGCCCAGCAGGCAGACGAGCUCACCCUGGAUCCCACUGAGAUCAUCAACGUCAUCCGCAAAACCAAUGAGGGCUUUUAUGAAGGCAUCCGCCUGUCUGACGGUCAGAAGGGCUGGUUCCCCGUAGGAAACGUCAUAGAGAUCACCAACGAGCACGUGCGGCGGCGAAACCUCAGAGAGCGCUACAGAGUCAUGCAGGCUGCCAGCAUGGUCGCCAACAGCAAGGCCAACACCGUUCAUUAGGAUCGCCGAAUCAAGGAUGUUUACAUUAAAUCGUUUUUAAAAGACUACAGAAGUGAACUCUGUACAAAGACUAUUCAUGGAGUUUAUUAGCUGAAGUGUCACUUUCUAUCAAGCAGGAAAUGAAAAAUAAAAGGAGAAGGUGACGAUCAUGAGGCAUCAGAACAAACAUGCAAUCAUCUCCUUAUUUAUCCUACUGGAGUACGGAGUGUGCACUCACAGCUGGGAGCUCGAGGUAGAGCAUUUAUGACUGGCACUGACAGAAACGAUGUGAAUGUGCAUGCAUGCAUUCAAAAACAGACAGCAUGCCACAGUUGUAGAGCUCUUCUUAGCCCCGCGUUUACGUCUCCUCUGCACAAACUGAAACUGCACACUUAACAUGCCAAUCAUUCUAACCACUGCUGGACCAGAUUGUACACAUGUCAGAACUGCCAGACAGAAAAGGUUGCGUGUUCCUGUGAACGCCUCUGUCAUAUUUGUCACAUGCACAAACAAGUUUGAUCCCUUCAUUGCUGCCAUGCAACAACCUACAACAACCUAUCCAGUGUCACUGAGGUGGCCAAGAUUACAAGAUAUGACAUGUUUUUAUGGUGAAACAAUCUCGUAAAAGAACCCUUUCCUGAAAAUCAACAGAAAUGUGUCUCAUCACAAGAGAAACAUUUAAAGAAAUCUAAUUUAAAAAAUCCAAAAGAGGGAAAAGUCAUGAGUCAGUGACAGCAUUCGAGGAGCUGCAUUUUGGUUUCAGUUCUGUCAAUGAGGCGAUACGGCAAAUCACACUAUGAGCUAUCAUGUCUUUGUUGUUUCAGCUUUGACAGAAAGAUCCUGUCACCAGAUUAACCCUUUGCAACCUGGAUCGACGGCACUUUUCUUGUUCUGCAUUUAGAUGCCUUUCACAAGUAUUUAAACCUUUGUACCCUGAGUAGAUUGAUUUGAUGGGUUUGGUUACUUUGAUAAGGCAAAGCAACUGGACAAGAAAUGUCGUGCAAAUUGCUAGAAAUGAGGAGAUUUAUACAAUUAUUUUACUGAAUUAUUUCUGACUAAAAAUAGGUAGAAACGUCUGAAGAACUGUACACUAUUUCAUAAUAAUAUAGUUAAAUUAUUUUACACAAUUAUUAUAAUGAUAAUUCUGGG